UAUGUAUUAAAAUCCGUUCCUGAUUCGUGGUUAUUUUAGAUUGCUCUUAGUUUUGAUUCAUGCAAUUAUAAUUUCCCGUUUCAAGUCGUGUUGAACUAGCGAUAUUUUUCAGAUGCACUCAAGAUGUCGCUAUGCACCAGUCUAAAAUAAUAACUCCUCUCUUAUUUGCUGAGUUACCGUAUGUGCGCCUUUGAGCUGUUCACAAAAAAAAGACGGAGCGGCGCUUCGUUGCAACAUUUCUCGUUUUAUGUCUCCGCGUGUCGUGAUUAUUGAUGUAAGACUUUGACCCAUUUAGCGCUAAAAUCUGAAAAUGGGUUUUAAAAUGAUUAUUUUUCUGCUGUGGAGCUGCUUCUCCUUUUGUCUGCUGCAUGUCGCACAUGGAGACCUGAGCUAUUCUUUCCCGGAGGAAAUGAAACGGGGAUCAGUUAUUGGAAAUAUCGCCAAGGAUCUGGGGCUGCAGACAGGUGCGCUGUCCACCAGAAGAGCCCGCAUUGACACCGAGGAGAGCGAUAAGCGGUACUGUGACAUAAACCUGUCGCAGGGAGAGCUGAUUGUGGCCGAGAGGAUUGAUCGGGAGGGGCUUUGUGGCGAAAAGGUUUCGUGCAUCUUAAAACAGGAGCUCGUUUUGGAGGAUCCUCUGGAGCUGCAUCGGAUCACCAUUCAUAUUCAAGAUAUUAAUGAUAACUCUCCACAAUUUAAGGAGAAAUUUGUAAAUCUAGAAAUUCAUGAGUUGGCAGACAGGGGAGCUCGCUUUGUGAUCGAGGAGGCGCACGACGCGGAUGUAGGACAAAACGCAGUCCAGCAGUACAGCCUUGAAAAGAACGACAAUUUCAUUCUGGCUGCUAAUGGAAACACUGUGGAGCUUGUUUUAGAGAAAGAAAUUGAUCGCGAAAAGCAGAAAGAAAUCAAUUUACUGCUCACAGCUUUAGAUGGCGGAUCUCCUCGGAGAUCAGGUACAGUGAUCAUACAUGUAACUGUGCUGGAUGCUAAUGAUAACGCCCCAGUGUUCAGCCAGGCCGUCUAUGAAGCCAGUCUGCCUGAAAACUCUCCCUUAGACACUGUAGUGCUCACAGUGAGCGCAUCUGAUGCAGAUGAGGGAGUGAAUGGAGACGUGACUUAUGAUUUUGGUCAUGUUACUGAUGAAGUGAUGAAAAUAUUCAGUAUUGAUAGUAAAAGUGGAGAAAUACGUGUAACUGGUGCUGUAGACUAUGAAGUUAAAACAUCAUAUGAAAUACGCGUUAAAGCAAAAGAUGGUCUGGGGCUGUCAUCUUAUGCAAAGGUCAUUAUUUCUAUAACUGAUAUUAAUGACAACACCCCUGUAGUUAGUCUGAAAUCCCUGACCAAUCCCAUACCAGAAGACACCCCAGCUGGUACAAAGGUGGGCAUCAUUAAUGUGCAGGACAGAGACUCAGGAAAUAACAGACAGGUCCGCUGCUCCGUUCAGCAAAACGUCCCUUUUAAGUUGGUUCCCUCUAUUAAAAACUAUUAUUCUCUGGUGACCACAGGACAGCUGGACCGUGAACUAGUGUCUGAUUAUAACAUUACAAUCACUGCCACUGAUGAGGGCUCUCCACCUCUGUCCUCCUCUAAAACUGUUCAGUUAUCUGUAGCUGACAUCAACGACAACCCACCUGUGUUUGAGGAACAGUCCUACAGCGCACAUGUGAAUGAAAAUAACAAACCUGGCUCCACUUUAUGCUCCGUUUCUGCUCGAGACCCCGACUGGAGACAAAACGGUACAGUGAUUUAUUCUCUGUUACCUGGUGAGGUGAACGGUGCCUCCGUGUCCUCCUAUCUAUCUGUUAACGGAGACACGGGGGUGAUCCAUGCUGUCAGGUCGUUUGAUUAUGAACAGUUUAGGAGUUUUAAAGUCCACGUCAUGGCCAGAGACAACGGUUCUCCUCCACUCAGCAGCAACGUGACCGUCAGUGUGUUAAUUUCAGAUGUGAAUGACAACUCUCCUCAGAUACUGUACCCCGCCCCGGAGGGCAGCUCCUUCAUGACCGAGCUGGUCCCCAAAGCUGCACACGGAGGCUCUCUGGUGUCCAAAGUGAUCGCGGUGGACGCAGACUCUGGACAGAACGCCUGGCUGUCCUAUCAUAUAGUCAAAGCCACAGAUCCUGGACUUUUCACUAUUGGUCUGCACAGUGGAGAGAUCAGGACACAGCGGGACAUUUCAGAAUCUGACAGCAUGAAACAGAACCUGAUUGUUGCAGUGAAAGAUAACGGACAGCCCUCUCUGUCUGCCACCUGUGCCAUGUAUUUACUUAUUUCUGAUAACUUGGCUGAGGUGCCAGAACUGAAAGAUAUUUCUUAUGAUGAGAAGAACUCCAAGCUGACCUCCUAUCUGAUCAUUGCACUGGUUUCUGUGUCCACCUUCUUUCUGACCUUCAUCAUCAUCAUCCUGGGUGUGAGGUUUUGUCGCAGGAGAAAGCCCAGACUGUUGUUUGAUGGAGCAGUAGCAAUCCCCGGAGCUUAUCUCCCUCCUAAUUACGCAGAUGUUGACGGCACAGGAACUUUACGCAGCGCUUACAAUUAUGACGCCUACCUGACAACCGGAUCUAGAACCAGUGACUUUAAGUUUGUAUCAUCUUACAACGACAACACGCUGCCUGCUGACCAGACUCUGAAGAAAAGUCCAACAGAGUUUGCUGAAGUGUUUGGAGACAUUGAUUCUUCUCCAGAGGUAUUAAUCUAUUAAUU